AUGAAUCCUGAUGAGUACAACGUCCGCUUAAGGUAUGCGGAUCGGCUGGGAAUAGAGUUUCUGGGUCCGGUGGAGCCAGCACGAUGGCCGGAAACUCACGAAAGGAUUUUCGCGGACGUAAAAGAGCUGGGUCGUCGCAUAUACGACCAUUUCGUUGAGGGCAUCUCGAUUGAUUCUAUUGAGAAACCCUGGAGAAACUUGGUCAGACAUCGUGCUGAUCGCCUGAGUAAAUUGGCAGAUUACGCAUGGGAGGAAAGAAAAAAUGAAAGUAGCUGGAGGUUUGCCAUCGAGAACGAGAUAAUGCACCGAUUCUCGGUCGAGGUUGCUUGCCCUAGGUGCCGCAAGAGACUAUGGGGUUCAGAGAUACCCGCCGCAGCGCCCGGUGACUUCGUGUUGGCUGAGUCGCUGGAGGCCCGACGCCGGAAGCGUCAGCCAUGUCGAUGUCCGCUUACCUGGGGCCAAACCCAAUACGACAGCGGUAUCAAUAUGCUCUUCUCCGAUCGAGCAGAAGAGAAGAUCCGGCAUGACCCCCCUUUACCUGUGACUUCACAGUCUGGAAAAGAGAGACACUAUGAGAUGCCAGACCGGGUUUAUGGAUUAAAGCAAACUGAUAACUUCAAGCUACUCCUGGACUCAGACGACAAGCGCGAUACGAGGGCUACACCCAGUCGGUCGCUACGCGAAACUAUAGAAGUCAGCCCAUUCAAGCCUGAAGGUAAGCCGUUGCUUUAUCCAUUUUUAAUCAUCGAAGCAAAGUCAAGUAAGGGGGCAGAUCGAGGGGAAGUCAAUAUGCAGACGGCAUUUGUGAUUAGGCGCCUCCUAAAGGUGCAGCUCGACCUUAAAUUGGCGACAGGGGAAGAAAACCAGUGGGAAUCAGGGCCACUUGUCUGGUUUUUGGCAUGGCGAGGCGAAAUUUGGGAAAUAUCUGCGGCGUACGUGAUUGAAUCCGAAACUGGAUCCAUAAGAUACCCUGUUGUUGAUCUGUGGAGUGGAAAUAUUCGUCAUCAAGAUGGGGCCUUACAACUACUUCUGAUCAUCGACUAUAUUUUUGAUUGGGCUCGCGACAUUUACAGACCCGCCAUACUGAGUGAACUGAACACUUUAUCUACAGGCGAUCUCACGGCCGCCGAUACGCACAUAUUUUCAACCAUAUCCCGGACGCAAAGCGUUUCGAACUGGUUGAUCCACACUGAGGGUCCACUUCAGAGUACACCAGCGCCAACGGUUUCAGCUUCAUUCAAUACUGUAGAUCACCAUUUGGACUUCCUGAACAUUAACUGCCUAGAAGGAUCUAUUCGGGAUGCAUCCAUCCUUAAGUCACGCUAUCUCGCACUUGAACUCAUAGAGAGUGACAUUAGAGAUUUUUUACUAUCCUUUGAAUCGACCAAGGAGGCCCAAAUCUGGCUUCAAGAUAUGUUGAAAUGUCUUUCCAGCUCGUGGAGAAUUAGCGCCGAGACGCUGGGUACCUUGGAGAGUGUUUGGACAAAAGAGACCCGAUCAAUCCGGGAUAGAUAUCAGCAUGAUGAAAUUUUCUAUGUCAAGAUUACGGUCAACAUGUUUGUUUCCCAUGUGUGGGAGCCUACUCGACAACUUACGUGUCUUUGCAUCUCAGAAGGCGCUUUACAAAGGCUUCUCUCAGAAAUGGAGACUAUUCAAAAUCAUGAACCAAAUCAAAUCCCAAUCGUUUCUACGGCAGCGAUUCAGGCCCUGCUUUGCCGCAUACAAAGUCAAUCGAUAAUGGACAAUUUGACGGCCUCGGUGUCUAUGCUGUGUAUCUCCAGUGGCUUUGUCAAGAGGGAUGGAAUUAUCCCGAAUCAGCUCUUGGUGACGAGGUUUAAUGAUCUGCGCGUUGGAUUUCGAUAUGAUAAGUCGCCGAUUGCAAUUAAUUUGGUGUCGUCUAUUUAUCAUAAUCACAAAAUCGGACAAAGACAGCCACGCGACCCAUAUCUGGCUGUCUCAUCUCUGCGAAGCAAACAAAAUAUCGUUUACAGAGGCGAUGAGAUUCAGAUGUGGCCCAGACUACCUCCUCUUAUCCGCGAGGAGCGAUGGAAAUGUGUCUUGGUUGACGGGAUAUCCGAGAACAAAGAUAUUCCAAGGCGCGGUCUCUUUGUGUUUGAUAGUCCAUCAAAUCGAGAUGAUCUUCUCAACCUUCCGAGGAUAUUGUGGAGGCAUGGCUUAUAUUUUCGCACUCUGCAGGUUGGGAUGGAUGGAUGGGAUGGGAAGUAUGUCCGAUAUUUGAACAACCCAAUAAAGAUCAAGGGAGAGUGGAACACAAAAGCAGAUCCCCAGGCGCUCGGUGAUUGGGAGGAAAGCUUGAAAAUGCAUCUAGGGAUAGAGCAAGAAGUUGAUCGCCCAGGUGACAGCGCCUCGUCUCCAAUGAUUAUCUGCUAG